UUAUUUCGUUUCUGAGUCGCUCAUGUUCGUGGCGGCUCCUGGUACAAAAACAGCUCAACGAUGGAGUGGGCGAGCAGAGCGGCGGGCGCCGUGGCGAGAGCCUCGAGCAACAACACUCUGGUGAACGUGGUGCUGGGCGGCGUGUUCGUCGCGCUUGGCGUGAGGUCGGUGAAGCAGCAAAUGGACAUCGAGGCUCUGGAGGCCGAAAAGGACUCGCUCUCCAAAUCUAACAAGGCCAUGAAGAAGGCCAUGUGGGAAUGGAAGCAGCAGCUCUUCGCCGAAGCCUCCUCUCCUGACACUGCCCUCGUCCCCCUCUCCAGGCUCAAACUCAUCUACGGCGAAUCUCCCGCCACUCUCCAAUCCACUGUAGAUGCCGGCAAGGGGGAUGGAAAAUCAGCUGCAUCAAGAAUUCUAAUCUGAAGCAACUUCAUGAUGGUUGAUAUAAUGUUCAGAUCAGGAUGCUAAUAGCUACCAAGGGAAGAACUUCUGGUGUAGGCUAUUUUGAAAAUGCUCCAAUCCCAGACAGACCAACUUUUCUCCUCAUGUCAAAUUGAACAUUGAUAGACUAUAAAAUUGUGCAGAAACUGUCAUUUUUGAGCAAUGAUUUACUACACCUGCUUGCAAUUUCUUGAGUUAGAAAUAAAGCCACUCUGAAGGACAAAGUAGUGUUCUAAGAUUUGCUUCUUUCUUUGCUCUUCCGUGAUGUUUGAGCAGGAAUUACAUCAAACAUUUGGAAGGUACACCCACACCAUAUACAGAAACAAAAUAAAGAGGGAAUAUUUUGAUUGGAUUUCUUCUAA